AUGGACCAAGGAAAUAACUCAAGAGUGACUGAAUUUGUGUUGCACAGUCUUUCAGGACCUCGGACAUUACAACUAUUCUAUUUUUCAUUUUUUACACUUUUGUAUUUGUCCACUGUGCUGGGAAACCUCCUCAUUGUGCUCACUGUCCUCUCUGAACCUGCACUCCACACCCCCAUGUACUUCCUUCUUAGCAACCUCUCUUUCAUUGACACCUGUCUAUCCACUUUUGCCACUCCCAAAAUGAUCAUUGACUUACUAAUGGACCAUAAUACUAUCUCCUUUGAGGGGUGCAUGGCCCAGAUAUUAUUUCUGCAUGUCUUUGGUGGUGGCGAAAUGAUGCUACUUGUUUCCAUGGCAUAUGACAGAUAUGUAGCCAUAUGUCGACCUCUGCACUAUGCAGCCAUCAUGAGUAUACGCAAGUGCAUAGGCUUGGUGGUUGGAUCCUGGCUCAUUGGGUUCCUGCACUCAGUAAGCCAGUUGGUCUUCAUAGUAAAUCUUCCAUUCUGUGGUCCGAAUAAUGUGGACAGCUUUUUCUGUGACCUUCCCUUGGUUAUUAAACUCGCCUGCACUGAUACUUACAUCCUUGAGAUACUGAUUCGUUUAAACAGUGAUAUACUGGGUUUGUGCUCCUUUGUGAUAUUGUUCAUGUCCUACACAGUCAUCCUGGUCACCAUGCAACGUCGGUCAUCAGCGGGCAUGACCAAAGCCCGGGUGACCUUGACUGCCCACGUCACUGUGGUCAUCCUCUUCUUUGGUCCCAGCAUUUUCAUCUAUGCCUGGCCUUUGAACAACUUCCUAGUGCAUAAGAUUCUCUCAAUAUUUUAUACUGUUUUCACCCCUCUCUUAAACCCACUGAUCUACACAUUAAGAAAUAAGGAGGUGAUAUCAACAAUGGAGAAACUGAGAAGACGAAACAUAAGUUCUUAA